UUAGCAUGCAUAUUGUAUACUUAUAAUCUUUAUUCAAUGUUUAAAAGGUGCACAUUGGUUAAUAUAGUUUGAAAGAGACUUCAAAUCAUAUUUUCAGUGAUAGUUUUGAUGAAACAUAUAGUUGACCUAAGGCUAUUAAUCGAUGGUGCGCAACUUCCUUAUUGAGUGAAUAAAAAGUAAAUGGGAUUCCCCAUAAGCUAGUUCGUUGGUUUUAUUUCUCUUUGGUAAAUUUAAUGAAAAGAUAGUUUUUGUUUGGGGUGUAUUUACGAGAGGCGAAAGUGAACUUUUGGACAUAACUGCACUUGUCAGGACUAGACGUUGCGUGGGAAUGUGCACCGGAAUUUAGAUUCCUCGUACAUUUCUAUAUUAAUUCCACGCAUGAAGAGAUAGCUUUUGAGAAAGACAAUGGCAAGUGCUGAGCCCGCGGAGAACACUCCGAAUCCGGAGGAGACGAUGGAACACAUACCGGAAGUCGACGUAGGAGCAGAUGGAACAGCCGAGCAGAACAUCCGUAAUAGCGGAGACGGUGGAUCGAGCGGGCCUACGCACUUAGAUAAAGGGAAUGAAAGCAGUGAUCAGCAUACAGACAAAGAGAAGAUCAUCAAAGCUCUUGGCGAGCUUAUGAAUAACAUCAGAAUGGUUGAAGACAUCCCGGAAUGUCUACACGGCGAGCCAUUAACGUGCUUAAAGGAGGAGACUAAGCAGACGAUGAUGUAUUUCCUGGAUCCCGAAAGUGACGUCAUGACGGGCGAAGGGAAGUGCAAAGACUACCGCGGCGUGGCCGAAUGGGCCAAUCUUGACACUGCAUUCUGCAAGUACAUCACCGACAUCGGGCUCAAGAACAAAAUCAACGACGUGCUCAGCAUGUGGAUCAAGGGCUCCGACGAGCGCCGCAUUCCCGAUCCCACCAUCGGCAAUCUCCGGAAGUGUCUGAUUGAAAUAGACCGCCCGGACGCGCUGAGUACUCUAGCUCCUAAAAUAGCGAUGGACGCGAUAGCGUGGCAGAAGACGCGUCUAGAGGCGCAUACGAAUGAAUCUCAAAAACAGGACACUUCCUGGCAGCUCACACGACAUGAUGUGUUGUACGGUAAGAUGACGUACUACACGGCCUGCCUGAUGUUCGCGGACGAGGACUACCGCAUGGCGCAGAUCAUCCUCAACCUCUACAAGAAGGUCAAGCAGGACUCGCUCUUCUUCGUGCCGCAGUUCGACCUCAAGUUCGGCAAGUACGAGAAGGACACCACGGCCAGGAUCAUCUGUGAAAGAUGCGACCACAAGGUGAUCUUCCUGCUCUCCCAGUACUUCCUGGCCUCCAAACUCUGCGAGUUUACCACAAAUUAUGCCGCCCAAAACGGCACCAACAACGGGAACAUCAUUCCAUUUCAUCUAACACGUGACGUGGAUCACGUGCCGAACGUUUUGCGAGGGAUCGUCGGCAUCCGGUGGUUCCGUCAAAUCACGAGGUCGCAUUCCUGGGAGAUGUUGACGGAGGGUCUCUUCAACACCGCAAACGCGGACGAGAUAUCUAGAUCCCGUCUUGAAGACUUAAAACGGGAGGUGAAGAAAGUGGUGGACGAUAAGCGCGACUACUUCCUGUCUGAUCCCCCGUACGACUUGGACACUCCGGCUGCCGGCGAGCCAAUACAGUUUGAUGAGCCGGAAGGAGUUAGCGGGGAUGCAAGCAUGCUGUCAGAUAGUCUGAUGGCGUGUGCAUCUGAAAAAAAGACUAAAGCAAAGUUUAAGAUGCUGCAGACUGUCAGAAAGAUUAUUGUAGAGAAGGUACUGCGACUGAAUGUUAAGGAACCAAAAAAGAUGUCGUCUUCCACGCUAAACGAUAAACACACGAGCUCUUCGACGUCUAAUUUCUCUACCCCUAGCGGUCGUAAACCAUCUGAUCAACCAGCUUCAAGCGCGUCUAAAAGUCAGUGUGAUAAAACAACAAAUGGAACCACAAAGACCGAGCAAAGCCGGUUUAAUAUGGCAUCAAUAUUAAAUAAUAAAGCAAGUGAAACGUCCAACUGUUUGGAAAUGACUCAACUUGUGGCAAUAGGUUCAGAGUGUAAAGCUAACGGAGAGGAACAUGUUGAGACAGAUAGGUUGCUUGCACCAGACGAGCGUGACGAAGGUUUGCUGAGCAAUGACAAAAAAGCCACCGUAUGUGAACAGCAAGAAAACAGCGAGAGUAUGUCAACGAUAUUCCAUUCAGCGAAGUCGAAACUCGAUGCUGGGGUUUUGGAGGGAAAUGCAUAUACUGACGUUGAUGACACGGUUGAUAAAAUGGGAAAUGACGCUGGAAAUAUGUCUUGCACAACUGAAACAGACAAUAAGGUGAAGGGCAAGCAAACAGCACAACACUCAUACGUGGUUUAGACUGGGAAGCAGGAGUAUUUGAAUGUACCUGUGAAAUGAUAAGGUAUCAGUGAUCGUUAAUAGUUCCUCAAAUCUCUUAUUAAUACUGGUCAUUUAUUGUUAAAAUGUUCAAUAGAUGAAUAGAUAGAUUAGUUAAUUAAUAGAUCUCUGUUCUGCUAGAAAAGUUAUUUUAUGGCAUCUGUUUAUAUAGUAAAGUUUAACGUGAUCCUAAAUUGUGUCUGGAAUCUCUAUUCAAUACUCUCCCUUUGUUGUUGAAAUGUUCACCUAUUCAUUUUUACAAGCAUCUAUCAAUAAACUGAUAGUUUAUAGA